AUGGCUCUCAAGAGAAUUAACAAGGAACUCACUGAUCUCGGCCGUGAUCCUCCGUCUUCCUGCUCAGCCGGCCCUGCUGGAGAAGAUCUGUUCCAUUGGCAAGCAACAAUCAUGGGUCCUGGCGACUCCCCAUACUCGGGUGGCGUAUUCUUCUUAACGAUUCAUUUCCCUACCGACUAUCCGUUCAAGCCCCCGAAGGUCAACUUCAAUACCCGGAUCUAUCAUCCGAACAUCAACUCCAACGGCAGCAUCUGUCUUGACAUUCUCCGAGACCAAUGGAGUCCAGCUUUGACAAUUUCCAAAGUGCUGCUUUCGAUAUGUUCCAUGCUCACAGAUCCCAACCCGGAUGAUCCCUUGGUGCCUGAAAUCGCCCACGUGUACAAGACCGAUCGUCCCCGAUACGAAGCCACUGCACGCGAAUGGACUCGCAAGUACGCCAUCUGA